AUGAGUACUGUUAAUAUAUUUGUCAUCGGAAACAAACAAAGUUUUCAAGUGACAAUAGAUGUCAGUGGUGAAGAAGUACCCUCUGACAUUGAAGAUUUGGACUUGGAGAAGGAUGAAAUUAGAACAUUAUAUACAUUAGGAGAACUCAAGCAUGUAGUUAUUGAGAAGUGUAAAUAUACUUCUGAUAGUGUUAGAAUUAUUCAUAGAGGAAAAACUUUAACAGGUGAUGACUCAACACGUCUUUCAAAUUUUAAAUUUAAAGAAGGAGAUAAAAUUAUGUGUAUGGGUAAACCAGAUCCUAAAAAAGAAGUAGAUCCAGGGGAAAAACUUUUAGUCGAUUAUGAAAAGAAAAAAUACCAGCCUUAUGCAGAGUCUUUUGCAGUACUGAAAGAAGAUCUCAAUCAGUUAUGUAAUAACUUUUUGGAAGGUGAAAAACGUAUGGAAAUGAUAAAAAAUACCGAGAAAAGAAUUAAAAGUAUAGAAGAGAGGGGUGUUAAAAUGCUAGAGGAACUUGAUGGACUUGUCAUUUUUGGUGACUCAACAAAUGAUGAACAAAAACAAAGAAAUAGAGAGAAAAGAAAAUUUAUAAUUAACAGGAUUCAGGAUAAACUUAAUGAAAGUGACAAAUUGUCUUAUCAACUGGAGACAUAUAGAUAUAAAGUUGAACACCCAGAUGAGGGUAGAUGA